AUGCCAGGCGCCUUUGCUGAUGACAUCCACGUCGAGCUGGAGCCCGUUUCCAUUCCCAGCGAUGGGUCCAACCUGCCUAGAUACGAGGCGCUCUCGUAUGUCUGGGGGACGGUGCUGCCGGAAGAGCCAAAGAUUCUUGUCAAGGACAGGGACGAGCCCGCGGACGCGCAGCCUCGAUACCUGACAGUCCGCGAGAAUCUGCGAUGCGCGCUGCAGCACCUGCGGAGCGAGUCGGCGGUUCGGACUUUAUGGAUUGAUGCGAUAUGCAUCAAUCAAGACGAUGAGGUGGAAAAGAGCACGCAGGUGGCGCACAUGGGCUCCAUCUAUGAGCUCGCCGAGCGGGUGGUCAUCUGGUUCGGGCCGGCGGUGGACGGUAGCGCUGAGGUCGUCGCCCUCCUAAGCAAGCUCGCACUGCUCGCCAGGUACGACUUUCGCAAGGACCUUUUAUCCUGGACGACUGGAGACGCGCCGCCCGAGGAUUUAAUGUUUGCAGGAAAGGACCUCGAGAGCCUCAUCCUCGGCGUGUCCAACACCUGGUUCGACCGCGUGUGGACACUCCAGGAACUCGGUGUCACUGACCCCGACAUGGCCAUCAUCCAAUGGGGACCGCAAACUGUGCCGUUUGUGCACCUGCAGACGGCCAUCAUCGUCUACCAGAGCUUCUACGUCGACCGCGACCAGGACCGCGACGGCUCGACCGCCGCCCUCCGUCGGCGCUGGUCCGCCCGUCGUGGCAACGUCCUCAUCUUCCUGAUGGCCCGGUUCUUCCUUGGCUUCGACUUUGACUCGGCCAUGGAGACUGUCCGGUAUCGUGACUGCUAUGACCCGCGCGACCGCAUCUACGCGGUGCUCCGGCUCUGCAGGCCGCGCCUCGACGUGGUCCCGGACUACGGGCCGGCGUGCACCGCGGCAGCGCUGUUCGAGCGCGUGUGCCUCCGGCAGCUGCAAGACGGCGUGGACCUGCUGGGGUCAUGCGAGUGGCCAAACGGCAUGGCCGGCCUACCGUCGUGGGUACCCAACUGGCAUGCCAAGAGAGCCGUGCAUGCCUACUUUGUGGGCCACAGUCUAGGUCUGCUGCGGAACCAGUACCGGCAAGAAACUCCCGGUGAGCUCAUCUGCUGGGGCAACAAGUUCGCGGACAUUACUGACGUGCUGGACCUGCGCCUGUCCCCGGCAUCGAGCAACGCAGAUGUCUGCGCUGCAGUUGAAAAAGUGCUCACGUGGGUGACCAAAGAUGUUGCCAUUGACUUGAACGUCUUGACGCAUGUUGCAUUUGCGCUCUUUCCGGAGGGAAUCCUGGAAUUCACCUUCCCGAUGGAUGUAGAUCCCGCAAAUGGUCUUGUGCCAAUGAGAGAGGCCUUCAACUUCCUGCGCAGCUUCCUACCUGGUGAUCAGCAGAACACAGGGGAGGAAGAUGCAAAAAAGACUGGCCCACAUCAAGUAAGCCCGCUAAUUGCCCGGUGCAUACGUGAGAGAUUCACCGGCCGGUGCUUGGUCAAGACAUCUUCAGGCAGUUUCGGCUCGGUGCUCAACUCGGCGACCGUAGGCGACCAAAUAUUUGCGCUGCCCGGCUGUCGCCACUCCAUCGUGCUUCGACACGUGAAGGAGAAGAGAUUCCGCGUCGUGGGCUCCGGGUUCGUCACGUCCAACAUGGCGGGCGAGGGACUCCUCGGUCCGCUCCUGGGCAUGGGCAUGAGAGAGGUGCGCCUCACGCUGGAGGGCGGGUUCGGAUACGUCGGCUUCUUCGGCGGGAGGCCCUUUAGAACCGACGCGCGCAUCGAGAUGCUGUACUCGAAGACUGAGGCCGGAGCUGGUGUGCGUCCGGGAGACCAGGUGUUGAUUGCGGACAUGUACAAAGCCGUCACUGUUGAUGUGCUGCGGAAGAAUGGUGUAGAACUUGAAGAAAUUACGCUAUUUUAA